GAUUUUAGUAUAGAAAUAAAAACCAUAAAAUUAAAUUAUAUAUAAAAAUAAUAAUAUUAUAAAUUUAAAGAAUGGAUAGAUAUAAAAUAAGAAGAGAAAGAAAAGAAAUUUUAAAAAAGGAGAUCGAAGAAAUAAGAAAUAAAAUUCAAGAGGAGGAUUACAAGCUAAUGUCAAUAGAAGAAGGUGGAUCGACAUCAAAACACGAUGAUAGAUUAAUAGAGUUAAAUAAAGAGUUAAAUACAUUAAAAGAUGAAUUACAAAGAUUAAGGUUAGAGGGUGACAAAUUUUAUGUGAUGAGUGGUGAGGAUUUAAUAUUAAUCGAAAUUGAUGAAUUUAGUAAAUUAUCAUUCUAUUUAUGCAAACAAUUUUUAGAUAUUUCAUCUAUAUCUCUUCAAACAUGUAACGAAAGCAGAAUUCAUUUAGUUAAUGAAGAAGAAAUUAAAAAAGAUCCCGACAAUACUAAUUUGCAACCAAUUUAUGAAACCCAAACCUCAAUUUCGACCAGACCAAUUUAUCAACUAUUAUCAGUUAAAACAAAUUUCGAUACACCAUCAUCAUUAAGUAAGCCAUCUCUUUUUGAAAGGGUCAAACAAAAUACAUGGAGUUUAGGCAUUUCACCAUUACGUAGAACUACCUCAGAUCCAACCAUAUUUGGAGAAAGGUUUUCACCACCAAAAAGUAUAUCAAAUUUUAUUGAAAAAUUUAAAGAUAAUAAAGAUAAAGAUAAAGAACAACAAGAAAUUAAAUACUCAACUACCACUGCAAUCGUUUCGAAUGGUACAUCAUCAUCGUCAUCAACAACAACAACAACAGGUGAUUAUGGUAAAAUUUUAUUAACUUGGCAUAAUAAAGAAACUUCAAUGUAUAUAUUAAAAUCCCAAGAAGAAUCUAUAGAGUUAUUAGAAUUAUUAGGAUCACAUAUUGAUAGAUCAAAAAAGAUUAUAGCAAAACAAACUCAAACUAUAAAAAUGCUUUAUCAAAAAAAAUCAACACUUUACGACUCAAACAACCCAGAGCAUGAAGAAUAUUUAAAACAAUUAUGGAAUCUUUUAUUCCCAGGUGAAGAGUUUCAAAAGAAAUCCCCUCUUUGGAAGCAGUUUGGGUUCCAAAGUGAUGACCCUUCAAGAGAUUUCCGUGGCAUGGGUAUUAUGGGUUUAUUAAAUUUAACCUAUCUUGUAGAGCAUCACUUUGAUUGGGUUUACAAUAUUUUAAAAGAAGACAGGGACUAUCCAUUCGCUGUAGCUGGUAUCAAUAUAAGUAAUUUAAUAUUUGAAGUUUUUCAAAUUAAUGAAGAGUCUGUACAGCAACCAUGGUACAGUAGUCUUUUAAAUCCAUAUAUGGCAAUGCUAUGCUCAAUGUCUAGAAAUAAUAAUAGUGCUUUCGAUGAAUUAUACUUUUUAAUAUUCAAGCUAUUAGAUCACGUUUGGACUCAAAUGAAUGCCACCUACAUGAUGUUCCCAUUAGUUCUCAAGAAAUUAAAAUCACUUUUAAAUGAAAUCUCACAAUUAAAUCCAAAUAGUUUUGAUGAAGUUAAAGCAAAAUUCGAUUUAAUAAUAAUAUCAAAUAUUAUUACUCCAGAAGAAAAUAUCAAUAAUAAUUUGUAUCCACAAUUACCUUCUUCACCAAGAUCACCCAAUAACACUGGUAAUAGUUUAACUCCAAAUAAGAAUACUAGUGUCAGCAAUAGUCCUCCUAAAAUCAUAAAUAAUAAU